AUGAAGGCCCCGACUUCCCUCCUCGCCGCUCUUGCUGGCCUUGUGGCCAUUGUCUCGGCGGCGCCGGCGCCCAUGCCAACACCGCCAGGCAUCCCGUCGGCAUCCGCGGCCAAGACCCAGCUGGCAGCCCUCACGGUCUCCACGCAGGUUGAUGAUGGUGCCUACAAUAGGGAUCUGUUCCCCACGUGGGACACGAUCGAGGGCACAUGCAACACUCGCGAGUACGUCCUGAAGCGUGACGGCACCAAUGUCGUCGUCAGCUCAGCCUGCACAGCGACAUCUGGGUCGUGGUUCAGCCCAUACGAUGGUGCGACCUGGACGGCAGCCAGCGAUGUGGAUAUUGACCACAUGGUCCCAUUGAAGAACGCUUGGAUCUCUGGGGCCAAUGCCUGGACCACCGCGCAGCGCGAGGCUUUCGCCAACGACGUAACUCGCCCGCAGCUCUGGGCCGUGACGGACAACGUGAACCAGUCCAAGGGGGACAAGAACCCUGCCAACUGGAAGCCGCCACUGGCGAGCUUUUAUUGUGUCUACGCGAGGAGUUGGGUCCAGGUCAAGUCCUACUACAAAUUGACCGUUAGCAGUGCGGAGAAGACGGCUCUGACGAGCAUGCUCAACACCUGCUGA